CGAACAGCCUAUUCUCGGGAGCGUGAUGCCGAAUGAUAGGAUUGAUUUUGCUGUCAGUGUGGACAGACAAGCAUCAGCGGGUGGCGGCUCCUGCGGGCGGGUAGUGCUCCGCAGACACUAUCAAUAAAGCUGACACGACUCCGUAUAUUGCGCAGGGUUGAAGUCGGAGAUGCAAGCUCCUGGCCGAUACACUGAAGUUGAUAUUUGUGAUGCUGCAGCCUAAGGCUCUCUACGAGAUCACGUGCGCACUUAAACCCUGGGCCUGGUGACAACUCAUGUGGAGCCCGGGGCAAGUCCUUAGCGUGCCUCUCCGAUCCACGACACAACUACCCACGAUACAACACGCAAUACUCCCAUCGCACAGGUUCAAGUACACCAUGUCGCCACAACGGGAGACCGUUGUAGUCGAAGCGGAUCCACCAGCUUAUCCCGGUGGCUAUGGCACCAUCAGGACUGUUUAUCAUAUCCAUUCAACCGGCCACCCCCACAGAUCGUGCUCACGCACGUUUAUGGUAACGGUCCUUCUUUUGCUGAUCACCUUGGCGUUCAGUAUCGUGAGCUUCGUGGCUUGGAACUUCUACAAUCUAUCUGAGUGUGAGAAGAACAGGCUGCCUUGGGAGAAGCCGUGUAAAGACUGGUUGGGCAAAGACUCAUUUUUCUGGGGAUCUUCUCGUCAUCACUGAUGCACUUAAUGAUCAAGAUGCAGUUUGAAGAGUCGCUGGAUUGUACCACGAUACAUUCAACUUAGCGCUGGUAUUGUGUGGGCAGAUUAAGUCUUCGUCUUCUGACGCCUGAUCUAAACUCUGUCCA